AUGUUUCCUCACCCACUGCUCCAUCCCCCCGUUAAACCCUGCUGCGUCCUUGUUAUCGCUGAUGGUCUGGUCCGCGUCAAUUUUCCUAUAACCCGGUACUGUCGUCCUCUCUAUGGGAUCCAUUUACGCGGCAGUGUACCCCUUCGUCGCCAACUCCUUGUUGAAAUUGGUAGCGAUCUUCUCUGCUUGAUCGUAGCGUCGGGCGUCGGCAUGGGCCUUGAGGCUAACAUUCUAUCGACGCGGUAUUUAUCCAGACGCUUCCCUCGUCUUGAGCCCAAUCCACUUGUUGUCCGCAUGGCCGAGCACGACGAGCCCGGCGCCGAUACCAGCACAGUAUAUUGCUGCUGCUCUUUGCUCGUCUGCACCGGGGCCUAG